AUGUGCAUCUCGGCAACGAUCUACUCAAAGGAUCCGAACAACAUCGAGAUCUCGCUGUACUCGAAAAUCGCGAUUGGGUGGGUCGGUAUUGGCAUGGGCGGCAGUGCAAAUGGUAUGGCUGGCAAUGAUCUCGCGGUCUGCUGGCCAAAUGCGACGGGUACAGGCGCGGUGAUCUCCCAACGUAGCGCGACCAUGAACGGAACCCCCUCCGUAACCUCGGCCACGGUCCCCUUCAAGAUCCAGCCCCUUAAAUCCGGGGUGACCUCGUCCACGAAACAAUUCACCUGUACGUUCUCACGUCCACUGUCCUUGGCCACCGCGCCUAUCACUACAGCUGCAACAUCUGUGAAUGUGAUCUAUGCGGUCGGGUUGCAGGCCGUCAAGGCAGACGCGGGUGGGGAUCCUCAGAAGGCGACAUUUCAGCGGCAUGCGUUUACGGGACAUGGGGCCCUUACGAUCACAAAGAAGGAGGGUGGAAGUUUGGAUGGGUUUAAUUCGACGACACCGACAAAGGGUGGGAAUAGUGGAACGGUUGGGAGUGGAGGAAGCACUGGGAACGGAAGUGGAUCCGAUAGUAAUACGGAAGAUCUGGAGCAGAUUCUGGCAGCGCAGCAGUUGUAUGAACGACUUGUCAAGGCCCAUGGCAUCAUGAUGUCGAUUGCAUUCCUACUGGUGUUUCCAUUGGGGGCGUUGCUGGUCCGGUUCUUCUCCCACCUGCAUCAUGUUUUCCGCUGGCACCGACCUCUUCAGGUCACCGGGUUCCUUUUGGCCAUCACCGCGCUCGUCUGCGUCAUCGUCGCGAUCUACAAAUCCCCCGAUGCCGAAGACGGGGUCGAGUUCGAGGCGAACCCGCACACGGUCCUAGGUGUUGCCCUCAUUGCUGCCAUCAUCCUCCAAGUCUGUAUCGGCAUAUUCAUCUUCCACACGUUCGAUCCUAACCGGGAUCCGAGGAAGAUCCAUGUGCCGACGUGGAUGCAUCGGAUUUGGGGAUAUGUGGUGUUGAUUGCUGGAUUGGAGCAGGUGCACUUGGGGAUGUUGUUGUAUGGAGCCUGGCCGACGGGAAAGGAGGGGAUUUGUUUUGGUGGUUGUGUUCGUGGGCGGGUCAAUUGUGAAGAAGUGGAGGGAGAGCAGGAGGGAGAGGAAGGAGGCUGA